AUGGAAUCCAUACCCUAUGCAAAUGCAAUAGGCUCUGUCAUAUAUGCUAUGGUUAGUACAAGACCUAACUUAUCCUAUUCAAUAUCACUACUAAGUAAGUUCAUGUCAAACCCUGGAUAUGAACAUUGGAAUGCUUUAAAAUGGCUUCUUAGAUACAUUAGAAGCACUGUCCAUGUUGGUUUAAAUUUCUGUAAAAGAAACUCCUCACUUGAUCUGGUUGGGUAUGUAGACUCUGACUUUGCAGGUGAUAGAGACUCCAGGAAGUCCACAGCAACCUAUCAUUUCACCUUGGGAGGUAACUGCAUCGGUUGGAAGUCCCAAAUACAGCUACUGGUAGCACUGUCCAAAACUGAAGCGAAAUAUGUGGAUGUAACCGAUGCAUUCAAAGAAGCUAUAUGUCUUCAGGGAUUCUUGAAAAAGGCCAAGCUGCUGGAUGGAACUGUGACUGCCUAUUCAGACAGUUAG